GGACUACGCGAAUUUGGACGUGCUUUGCGCUGAAACGGCGGCGUGCGCGUUUUCAACUGUGAAUUUCAAUUUCAUUACCAAUAGUUACAGAAUUUUUACUGAAUUCUUUAAGCAAAUAUUAAUAAUUGAACAAACAAUUAUUUUUGAUCUGCACAUUUGAGUAUUCCGAAUAUUAAUUAACGCCAGUCUUGUUUGGUCACACAUUUUCAGUGAAAUUUAAGUGAUUUUUACGGGCAAGUCAAGAAAUAUGAAAUAGACACUUGCGCAAAUGGCAGCUCUGGCGCGUGUGGGGCUCAUAGCCCCACGACGGCACAUACAGAAAUACCCUGCAUCUACCUUCACCCCUUCAUAACGGCAUUAGUUGAGAAGCCAGAAGACAGUUUUAAUUCACCAAAUUCAUCAAGCAUAUAGAUGUCAUGCCGAAAACUUUAACACAUCUGGUUAACCUCAUGAAUCACCUAAAAACGAAGUAGAUAUAAAAGAAAUUGAAUACAAAAAGUGAGAGAGUGAAACGAGUGCAAAAAGUGGAAAGAUAACAAAAGUAACGGUGGUUGUCGCAACAACAACGGCGCGCAUCGGCAGUCUAGCAAAUAUGUCAAAACUUAAAGAUGCAGACUACAUUUUCAUUGGCAACAGCAGCAGCAGUGCAUACGUCUUUUCCGGCAGUAUCAACGCAGAACAGCUCAGCACCGGUGGCAACUACAACCACAAACGCAGCAAUAGUAGAAACCGCACCUACAGGCGCACACCCAUCAGCGGCGCGCCUACAAAGCGGCCCAAGACAUUGCCACCAAUACCGCUACCGCCACCACCAACACAUAAUAUGCUUCCAUUUAACUUCCAACAACAACAAUACGAAGAGCAACAAGAAGACAGCCUGCAGCAGCGAAUGGUUGCGAAGGCGCUCAACGUCACCACGACCACUGCCACAGCCGUGGCGGCGACGACAGCCGCCAUAAUCGGAUUUGGGCUCAGCACGGUGGGCCAAAUAGUGCCAAGCGCGUUGGAGAUCAGCCGCAGCAGCAGCAGCGCAGGCAGCAGUAAUCAUAAUUUGCAGCAAUUGUCGCGACAGCAACAACAUCUCCAUCGUCAUCAGCAUAGCAUCGCGACCGCCGCUUCCUUCGCCACGUCACCGCUUAGCGCCACCCUGACCACAACUGCCACCACAGUGCUGACCGCUGCCAAGGCGGCUGCCACAGCGACAGCAACAACGGCUGCGGAGAACCUAUUUAGCGGCGUCGCUGUCGGCCUUGGCGCGAUGCUAAUCAACGACACACUGCUGCUGGACACCAGUGGGAAUGGCACGAGCGUUCUCUUCACCAACGACGACGAUGACAACGGAAGUGACCUUAUGAAUGGUAGCAUGGUGAAUCUCACCAGCGGCAAUGUGACCGUGGGCGAAGAGGACUUCGGCGAACUACUGCGGAUGGGCAGCACAUCGGUGGUGCUGGGUCUACUGAUUCUCAUCACAAUAAUUGGAAACGUUUUUGUAAUUGCUGCCAUAAUAUUGGAACGUAACUUGCAGAAUGUUGCCAAUUAUUUGGUGGCUUCAUUGGCUGUUGCUGAUUUAUUCGUUGCCUGUCUGGUAAUGCCGCUGGGCGCCGUCUAUGAGAUAAGCCAAGGCUGGAUACUUGGACCGGAGCUGUGUGACAUCUGGACUUCGUGCGAUGUGCUCUGCUGUACGGCUUCCAUAUUGCAUCUAGUCGCCAUCGCGCUCGAUAGAUAUUGGGCGGUUACUAACAUCGAUUACAUUCAUUCGCGCACAAGUAAGCGUGUCUUUCUUAUGAUCUUCUCUGUGUGGUCGGCGGCUGUAAUAGUGUCGUUGGCGCCACAAUUCGGCUGGAAGGAUCCCGAUUACUUGCAGCGUAUAGAACAACAAAAGUGUAUGGUUUCACAAGAUGUCUCAUAUCAGGUCUUCGCAACAUGCUGCACGUUUUACGUGCCGCUACUCGUCAUUUUGGCGCUUUAUUGGAAAAUAUAUCAGACGGCACGUAAGCGCAUACACAGGCGGCGACCACGGCCAAUCGAUGUGACCGGCAAUAAUAAUCAGCCCGACUUGGCUGUGCAGAAGAAGCGCAACCGUCUUCGAUUGCGUAUCGGCAAAUUCGGAACGGCACACGCCAGCACAGCUGUCGGCCAAACAACGCUCGGACUGGUCGAGGGCAACUCAACGAACACGGUGAACACCGUAGAGGACACCGAAUUCAGCAGCAGUAAUGUGGACAGUAAGAGUCGUGCGGGCGUCGAGUCGACCACGAUGUUUAGCAAUAAUCCCGAAGAGAUUCCGACUACUUCGACAAGCCAAAUAUCGACUGUAUCCCACCUGGUAGCAUUAGCUAAUCAACAACAUACAGCAUCCAAAUCAACCUCAACAGUACAACAGCAGCAACAACAACAUAAAGACAGUAGUAGCAAUAUAAAUACAACAACAGCUGCGGCGGCAAUUUCAGAAGCAGCGAUAACGACAACAACUCCAGAAAACAAUAAGUUACCUACCACAACAGCAACAACAACAUCAACAACUAAAGUAUGCAUAGUAGCGCCGAACGACAGCAACGGCAUAAGCUCCACACACGCUGCGAUAAAUGACAGCACACCUACAGCCACGUCUGCCAACGGUACUGCGGAGGUCCUAGAGGAUCCUCAGCUCCAGCAACAAUUGCAGCAAGUGCAGCAGCAUGCUGACACCACGACACCAUUAGUCGGCAGUAAGACAGCACCGCCGGCUGCAUGUGCCUCAAACGCCACCACAAUCACUUCCAUAUCGGCACUGUCGCCACAAACACCAACAACCGCUAUCACCGCAAGUAGCGGUGGUGACGAACAUCUGCAUCCACUGGCGCCCUCAGUGACGCCUCUGGCUGCCGCAUCCUCCUGCCAACUGACGCCCACACCCAAGCUAAAGCAUCCACAGCCAUUAUCCAGCAUAGCCAAUCCCGUACAUAAGGUGACAAAACGUAAAGAGACAUUGGAAGCGAAACGUGAACGAAAAGCGGCCAAAACAUUGGCUAUCAUCACCGGUGCCUUCGUUAUCUGCUGGCUGCCAUUCUUUGUAAUGGCACUGCUCUUGCCGCUGUGUGAGACAUGCGAGAUUAACGAUGGGCUUGCCUCGGUAUUUCUUUGGCUUGGCUACUUCAACUCAACGCUGAACCCGGUGAUUUACACGAUAUUCAGUCCAGAGUUCCGACAGGCGUUCAAACGCAUACUCUUCGGCGGCCAUCGUCCGGUACAUUAUCGCAGUGGAAAGAUAUAAACAACAGCGGGCGACUUGGCGUCUGAAAAGUUAACACACAAAGAACAACUAUGAACCAAUGCGGUAUUCCUUGACAACAAUCACUUUAUGUAGUAAAGUCAAAAGACGCUGGAGUGAAAUGUAUAAGAUCCAACACCAAUCAUAGAUUAUUAGAGAUGUAUAAUUGUGUGAGAGAUAUAGAAAAUGAUAUUACCAUAUCGUUUUAUUUUAAGCAAAACUAAGCAUUGAGGAGAUUCCGCUCAAGAAACGGCUUUCACGGAUGGCACUCUCCGCUGUAAAUCCGUGUGUCAUGAAUAAUGGACAAAGCAUGUAGUUAGGCUCAAGCCAAUCUACCUAAUAGCAUACAUCAUUCAUCAUCACACCCCUCUGGUUAACUUAAUUAAUAGUUAUGUAAUACUUACGAAUUGCAUCGUAAAUAGGUUAUUGUAAAGAAACUGUUUUUCUAAAAUAUAACUGUUGAUUAAGUGUUGCAUACAAUUUGUUUGACAUUAAGUAAGUCGCAUACCUACUUUUAAGAUAAUAACAAUAACUGAGAACUUGAAUAAUGAAGAUAUAAAACGAAAACAAUUAGCAAUGCUACAUACCUACACACCUAUACAUAAAAACAUAAAUUUGUUCAAUACUACUCAUAAAUAGUUGUAUAGUUACUAAGCAGUUAAAUAGAUUUACAUACUCGUACACACAUGCAUAGACAUUGCAAUACAUGUCUAUGUGUUGGUUUAUAUGAAAUUGUUGACUUUAGAAGUAAGCUUAAAUGUUAGUAUAAAGAAAACACAAUAAUAAGUGUUGUCUCUGUACAGUCCAAGUAAAACUCGCUUAGCAUAUUAGCAUAAAUACUAGUAAUAAGAGUUAAACAUAAACUGUAUUGCUAGAUAUUAAAUAAAAAAACAAAUAGCGUUAAAGCCCAAAUCUUGACAAAUGCGCGAAAAAUGGAUUUCUUUAAAUAUUUGCAUAUGCCUGCAACUCGCAGAAUAAAUCUCAAUAAAUGUACACAAUAAUCUAAAGUUAAUGGCAUUAAUCAAACGUUAGUUAAUUACUAAAAUGUAAUUUUUCGGGUAAAUGGGUAAUAUAGUUAAAUACAGUUAGAUGACCAAAACUUGUGCAAAUGUAUAAAACAAAUAUAAGAAUAAUAAUUAACACACACAUACAUGUUUGCAUACUCUUAUUACUAUCUUAUGUAGUAAAACUACUUGUAAAUACAUACUUAAUGCAAUUGAGGUUAGAUAUUCCUUAGAGAAUGGCUUCAGAAACUUGUACCCCCUGUACAUAUAAUAUAUACAUAUAUAUAAAUAAUGCGCUGUUGGGCAUUCGGAGCAGCGCCAUUAAUAAAUAAUGCAGUUCAAUCAAAAGCAAAAAUGCUCAUGACAGCGUGCCGACUACAAGCACCGCUGUGAAUGCAAAGAAAAUUCAAGAAAAUCAAAAUACAUUAGCUCAAUUUCAUAACCCUAAAAUUAAAAUUAAGUUCAUACAUACCUAGAUAUACAUUUACCGAGCCGCAAUAACGGGUGAGAAGGCCUUCAAGAGGCAGAUUUCGUCGCAUCGAGUGAAAAUGUAAAAAUAUUCUGGCAGGGUAAUGUGCCACCAGGUAGCAUAGGCCAGGAAAAGCUGAGAUUUUUGUCUGGUCCUUGAGUCUGUCACAAAGUGUGAAAUUUUGGUGACCCAAGAGACGACAAGCCUCGAUGUGUGAAAGAAGCUACAUACAUAUUUUCUGCGACUUGUAACAAACAACGGAACCCAUUAACGAAACCUUUGUACUUUGCUCAAAUCAUAUGAAGUCUUCAACUAUUAGCAUUUAACUAUUGCUCUCAACGUUGGUUCAGUUUCGGAAAUAACACACACAUAGCCUAAGGCUCUUAAAUAAUUUUCGAUGUUCGAUAUACACUUGAUGAGUAUCACAUCAAGGAGACAAUUAAGUGUGUCUUCAGAGAAUUUAUUUUUUAUAAUUUUUCCAUAAUUUUAUUUAAUGUUUAUUUUUAAGAUAACAGUGAAUAUAUUUAGUAUACAAUCAUAUUUAUGACAUACACUUCAAUGAUUUUGUUUGUUAUUUUUAAAACCAAGCUACCGGCAAGCUUUAGCCCCAAUAGCCUCCGGCAAGCGCCUGAUUUUAGCAAUAACGACUAUUCAGCUUCAGUUCCAAAGCGAUUUCCAUUUUUAUUUACCGUUUGUACAUAAUUCAUUUUUAAAAUUUGAGGUUUCAUUCGCUUAUCAUUAAGUGUUUAUCGAACUUUGAUACUUUUUUUGACACUGUAAAAAAAAAUUGUAACGUUUUAAAGACACCAGCCAAAUUAAAUUAAAUAUUAGUUUGUUCCAAAUCAAAACACAUUCUAUCACUAAUAUUCCUAAUAGAUUAGUGCAGAAGCGUUUGAAAAUGAUUAAAAACAAAUCACACUAGGAUAAAAAAGGAAAAAUAGUUAACGACGAUCUAAGGUCGGGAAGACGAAGGGGAAGGGCGCGGUUGAAUUUUUAAGGGUUGAAAACGGUUUAGCUUGAUUUCCGGCAAAAAAGAGCUUACUGACUUUUUAAAGAAAUCUGAAAUUUUGACGUGAGAAGUAGGGUUUUUUUCGAUUUUAAAUUGAAGUAAGUUUAAACCAAAUUUCGUGAAAGAAAACAAAUUUUUGUACAAGAUAAAAAUGGAAAACUCAAAAAUUUGGUUACUUGAAUUUCACAUAAAUUUUGAGAUUUUGCGAAAAAAGUCUAUAUACAAAAGUUAUAGAUCUUUUCAUUGCCCUAUAAUUUUUUUCUAUAGUAUCUCGUAGUUAUUACGAAAAUCGAGAUAAGCCGUUUCAACCCUUAAAACUUCAAAAACGCCCCUCCCCUUCCUUUUCCCGACCUCAGAUUGUCCGUAAAUUAUUUUUCCUUUAAUGUUUGUUAUUUUAUCUUUCGUUUCCGAUGAGUUCCAUCCUACUGUGUUUUUUUUUGUUUUUCAAAUACUAUCUUCGCUGGUCUAUAACGCAAAUCUUAAAAUAUUUAAAUCACAUACAUAUGUAUAUGUUCAUAUGUACAUCCAUACAUAUAAAUAUAUGUAUACAUAAGAAAGUAGGUUACUAAUAAAUAUUAUUGUUCAACACAUGUCGCACAGACUGUAAACCAUACUUAUGCUUAAACAUAAUUGUAACUAGCAUUAAUUAACAACAAAAAUAGACGAAUGAAAUUAAUAUACAAUAUGAAAUAUAAAUAAAUUGUACUGUGCUACAACAAAACUUCAAAAGGUGAAAAAUGAACGCGCCAAAGCGAGAAAAUAAAUUAUAAAAAUUUAUUGUAAAAAAAUCAAA